GCAGUUUCGUCAUACCGAUAUCCCAAUAUCCAUCGGAGAGCGUAAGAUGACUUCGCCCCUUGUGUCCAAAUCCGAAUCUCUACCCAAAAACUCUGAUUUGAAGCCGUCCCCUGACGCACAUAAUAAAUUCGAUAUAGAACAUGUUCCAGGUCGACAACGACCCCCGUCAACCACAACUUUGUGCAUUGUGUCACUGGCUACAAUGGUGGGCACGUUAGCGUCUAACAUCCAAAAUCCCUCGAACUCUCUGAUAGAGGAAGAUCUACACGCCACCAGCAGUCAGAUUAGCUGGUCGUUAGCGGCGUUUAUGGUGAUACAAGGAAACUUUCCAUUAAUAUGGAGCGCCGCAGCUGAGAUUAAAGGCCGCAAGGUUGUCUAUUUGGUGGCUUCGGUUGUAUUCGUGGUAGGGGGUGCUGUCUCAGCACUUUCAAAGACCAUUGAGGUGAUGAUCGGCAUGCGAGUACUUCAAGCGGCGGGAUCAAGCGCUUACAUGGCUAUUUCGGCUGCGACCCUAGCCGAUAUUUACGAGACUCAUGAACGCGGGACUAUGAUGGGCGUCUUCUUUGCUGCACCUCUUGUGGGACCCGCACUCGGCCCUAUAUUCGGAGGGUUAUUAUCACAAAGCUUCAACUGGCGUGCAAGUUUCUACUUCCUGAUGAUCUGUGGAAGUGUUGUCUUUUUCUCCUUCCUCAUCCUGUUCAAGGAUACAUACCGACGGGAACGAAGUCUCACGUAUCGCUCCGCUCUACAACGACGUCUUGCCACCCAGGAACCAAUUCAGCGUCUCAGCGAGUCUUCCAUUGGCGGGUAUGAGUCCAGCAAGGACCAAACUCAUGUCAAGGACCCUGAGAAGCAGCUCCAACUCCCGAUUGUUCCAGAUGGCACACCAGCUGUGACUUCUACACCAGGGCUGGACGAUAUCAAGUUAUCAAUAAUAGAUAUCAACCCCCUGCCACCGUACUUUCGAAUUUUGUCGCGAAAGAACAAUGUUGUCAUUCUUACCGCUAAUGGACUUGUCUUCGGUUUUAACUACUGUCUUUCAUACACGUGCGCCCGCACUCUCACCAAUGCAUAUGGCUAUGGCGCGCUGAGCGUAGGCUUGGUCCUGCUUUGUCAGGGCGUUGGAAGUAUCGCUGGGAGUAUAAUUGGUGGGCGCUGGUCUGACCGGGUACUUGCGAAGAUGAAGAAAGCGAACGGAGGACAGUGGUAUGCAGAAAUGCGAUUAGAGGCCUCGAAACUGGCGAUGCUGUGGCUACCUCCGGCUGUCCUCGGUUAUGCUUGGAUGUGCGAGAAGCACGUCAAUAUCGCCGGUAUUUGCGUCAUGCUCGCACUUAUUGGAUUCUCCUCCAUAUGGAUGUACGCAAGUACAGUGGCAUACCUCGUUGAUGCUAACCCUGGUCGCUCGGGCUCAGCGGUGGCCGCGAAUAGCUCGUUCCGAGGAACCCUGGCUUUUGUUUCGCUUGUGAUUGCUGUACCGCUUCAAGAUUCUUUAGGAGAUGGCAAAUUGUUCACGGCGUGGGCUGGUGUCUUGGUUGUUUCGGAGCUACUGAUUUUAUUGGUGUUGCACAAGGGGGAAUCGUGGAGCAAGGAGAAUGAGCGAGAAUGAGCGCGAAAUAUUAAGUAAAUGAAUAUUCACAUUUUCUGACACAUUAAAAAGGUAUGGAUCAUGCAGGGCGGGCCCAUCUAGAUAGCUAUAGAGCGAUAGAAUCAAGCUGUAUAAUACCACAUGAGACGAAAUAUGUAACAAUG